AUGGUCGACUUAACCAAACUAAACCCGGAGCAAUUGAGCAUGGUCAAGCAGCAGUUUGACCAGGAGCUGCAACACUUCUCGCAGUCUUUGCAGGCGCUAAACGUGGCAAGAAAUAAGUUCAGAGAGUGCAAGGACGAUAUUGCGUCUGUCUCGAAGCUAGAAAACCAAAAGCAAGAACUUCUGGUGCCAUUGUCUGGCUCUCUGUACGUAAAAGGCCACAUGAAAGAUACCCAAAAAUUCAUGGUUGACAUUGGAACAGGCUACUACGUCGAGAAGUCUGAUCUUGAAGCUACCGAAUUCUACGAUAAGAAGAUUGCAAAGCUAAAUCAGGAAUCAGUUCAGAUUCAGAACAUUAUUAAGGAGAAAAGCCAAUCCUCAAUGGCCAUCGAGGGGCAUAUUCGCCAGGCCGCUAUCAAGCUUCACGAAGAACAAGCAAAUUCUGCUCCACAAGGAGCUCAACCAAAGGCAAACUGA